AUGGUUGCUGAUAUUAGGAGCAGCAUGAGUCAAUUUAAGGAGGGCAAGGAAACUAUUCUAAUAGGGGAUAGUGACAUAGCGAGAAUAACGGGUUGUGUAGCACAACGAGGAAAUUGGGAUCCCACAUGUGCUAAGUGUUGUAGGAACCACCCCAGUGCUUGUUAUGAUGCCUCUUCUAGUUGUUUGAAAUGUGGUCAGAAGGGCCUCUUCAACAAAGAGUGCACUAAGAACAUGCAAGGUAACGGGAGUAGGGGCAAUAGAACCCAAUCAUCUUUAGUUGCUACCCCUAAUAGGGCUGCACCUAGAAGCGCUACUUCAAGGAAUGGUGGAGGAGCAAACUGCCUAUAUGCUAUCACUAGUGGCCAAAAGCAAGAGAAAUCGCUAGAGGUUGUCACUGAUACGAUUAAAGUCUUUAAUUUUGAUGUUUAUGCUUUGCUAUGUCCAAGAGUUAGUUUAUAUUUUGUGACUCCUUAUAUUGCCAUAAAUUUUGCUAUUAUUCCUGAGCAACUUCUUGAGCCCUACAGUCUUUUCACACCAGUCUAUGAGGUUGAGAAAGUCUAUCAUGAUUGUACAAUUUCUGUUAAUCACAAGAGAUCCAUGACUGUCUUAGUUGAAUUAGACAUGAUAUGUACUAACUUCAUGUAUGUGAGGUAG